AUGCUGAAUCUUCUCUGCUCUGCGUUCGUAUUCGCAAUGCUCACCUCUGCACUCGCUGUGCCAGCUCUCGCUGACGUCACACCCACUGAAGCCACGCCUGCUGCUGACGUCACAGCCGCCAGCACUACCACUCACUCCCUCACUGCACCUCGCAAGGUGCUGCUGGUGCAUGCCUCCAAUCCCGGGCAGCGCAAGGGAGCACCUUCCAAGAAUUACAAUGCUGGCGGCACCGGUGGCAGCAGCAGCGGCGGCGGCAGCGGCGGCGGCGGCAGCAGGGGAGUGGACAAGGCGGCGAUUCUGGAGGAGCACAAUAAGGCGCGGCGGGCAGUGGGAGUGCCGGCGCUCUCAUGGGACGACAAAGUGGCAGCAGCAGCGAAGCAGUGGGCUGAUCACCUCGCCUCCAGCGGAUGCAAAAUGAAGCACGGAGGGGCCAAGGGGCUUGGGCAGAACCUGUACUGGAAGCGCCCUGCCAAGCUGAACAGUGCCGAGGACGGGGCGGCGGUGCGGGCGUGGGUGGCGGAGAAGGCGCACUGGACGUACAGUGCCAUGCCCAAGGGGUGUGCAGGCGGCAAGGUGUGUGGGCACUACACGCAAGUGGCGAUAUCGCCGGCGGGGGCAUGGGCGAUGAACAUCGUGAGCUCAGUCGGGCUCAUCAUGAUCAACAAGGUCGUCAUGUCCUCCUACCGCUUCGUCUUCGCCACCACCCUAACGGGUUUCCACCUUACAUUCACUGGCCUGUUUGGCGCGCUGUGCGUGUGGCUGGGGUACCUAUCGGGGACGGCCAACAUCCCUCUGUGGGACAUUGUGUGGUUCGGCAUGCUCGCUAACCUCUCCAUCGUUGGCAUGAACCUGUCGCUCAUGUCUAAUUCGGUCGGCUUCUACCAGAUAUCUAAACUCGCCAUCAUACCAGUGACCUGUCUGUGUGAGACGCUGCUGCACGCCAAGUCCUACUCGCGGGAGGUCAAGCUGUCAGUGGUGGCGGUCAUGCUGGGCGUGGGUGUCUGCACCGUCACAGACAUAUCUGUCAACGCCUUUGGGCUCGUUACCGCUACCGUGGCGGUGGUAUCGACGUCUCUGCAGCAGAUCUUUGUGGGCGAGCUGCAGAGGAAGCACAACGUGGGGUCGUUCGACCUGCUCAGGCAGACAGCGCCCAUCCAGGCCGUGACCCUUGUGAUUGUCGGGCCCUUCCUUGACUACCUCCUCACCUCGCAGAACCUUCUCGAGUUCCCCGUCACCAGCAACGCUGCGCUCUUCAUCUUCCUCUCGUGCGCCUUCGCCAUCGGCUGCAACCUCUCCGUCUACCUCUGCAUCGGAAAGUUCUCGGCAACGUCCUUCCAAGUGCUGGGGCACAUGAAGACUGUGGUGGUACUAAUCCUGGGCUGGACGGUUUUCAAGGACCCGUUUACACUCAAGAACUUCAGUGGCAUGCUCAUGGCUAUUGUCGGCAUGGUGCUGUAUAGCUGGGCUGUGGAGAAGGAGAAGGGGGAGAAGGGCGGGAAGGAGGUGAAGGGAGGAAAGGAGGGAUAG